AUGGCAAGAUCAUCUUCUGCAGAACCAGCCAAGGCUACCAAGCGCAAGGGCACAAGAAAGGUGUCAACCUUGACACCGUCACAACGUGCCCGCAAACGAGCCCACGACCGAGAAGCUCAGCGGGCAAAUCGAGCAAGGUCCAAAAAGACAAUCGAAAGACUCGAGCGGGAGUUGGAAGAGCUCAAGGCCAUCCAAGAACUCAUUCGCAGAAACAAGUCCUUAGAAGAUGAAAUAUCCAGGUUGAGGGAGGCCAUGGGCUUUGCAGCCGGACGAAGUCGCGUAGUCUUCGACGACAGCAUUAUUGCUCUCAGCGGGACGAUGUCGAGUUCCCGAUCGUCUCAAUUCCCAGGGUGCAGCGCCAUACAAGACUUCGGCCAAUCGUACCUGCCACUUCCCGACGCUUGCGGGCCCUGGGGAUCCAACAUCGCUUGCUCUGUGCCAUCAACCGGCUCCAGCCCUUCCUCAUCUGGAAACACAGACGAGUACGGCGACGCAUACAUUUCCAUCAGGGCACCAACCUCCAUGGUGGAGUGGGUUCCCUCGUCCACGACCGCGUGUUUUCGUGGCCAGGAUGUUGAGACGGAGUUCCAGGACUUGAGGCCCGCUCGACGAUACGGCAUAUCCCCUAGCAAAUCCCGCACCCUUCGAGGCAGCCGACCUGCCCCUUGCCCAUUGAUUAGGCAACCCAGUAGCUCGUUUUGGGAGGUGCCCGUCUUGAUCACAGCGCCAGCCACUGAGGCUGAUCGCCUGCUCGUCACCUUCAUCCAGGAUUGCCGCCGCAUGAUGCGGAAGGAAUCUCUUGGCGCCAUUCUCUCACCUUCCAAGGCCAACAUCAAGCCUCUCCUCGAAUACCACCCUGCCUCGCCCGUCCACAACCCGUCCGAGCUGCAGCCAGCUGGCCGGCACACACGCCUUGCUCCAGCGGUGUCGGGGCCUGCAGUCAAUCACCCAGUCACGGAACUGGCAACAGCUCUGUGCAACAAUGUCGGCAUGACGAGCAUUAUUGAGCGCCUUGCAGUGUUCGCGCCCAUACGACGCAUGGUCGCCUGGCUGGCGCAUCCGACGGCACAGACGUAUGCGGAGCUGAGGGACGACUUCAAGCCAACCCGGAUGCAGCGAACGAUUCCACAUUCGCAAUGGAUCGACUUAAUGCAUUGCAAGCGUCUCCGGGACGUGGUGAUCCAGAGGCCAGAGGUUUACGAUACUGAAGAGAUGCAGAUUAUCUACUCCCGCAAUUUACGUCUUAUCAAUUGGCCCAGUAGACAGGAGGACGCCUUGAUAUUUGACGCGCAGUCUGGCGACGUGUGGCUUAGCGACACCUUCAUGGCAUACGCCGAAGACCCCAAGAACUGGAAGCUGAGCAGGGACUUUUUAAGACGUUAUCCUGAACUAGGCGGCUUUGUUGAGAUCGACGAAGAUUGGUAA